AUUCCUUUUCUCUUUUCGUAGCAGAGAGAGAGAGGGACGAUCGAAACUGAAACUCUACAGGCCAAGUUGCGUAGCCGUAAUCGUCGUCUCUCUCUUCCCGAGAUUCUCUACUCUCUCUCUCUCUCGUUGAUUUCGCAACCCUAACUUCAUCCCUCUCUCUAUUUUUUUUCUCUGAUUUCGCCUUUUUCUGGAUCGAAGAUGGUAGCUGAUAGCAAAUCCGACCUUUCAUUGGCCAAAACUUUCGGCUGCAGUGCCUUCGCUGCCUGCGUCGGCGAGGUAUGCACAAUUCCGUUGGACACUGCUAAAGUCAGGCUUCAGCUCCAAAAGUCUACCAUAGCUGGAGAUGUUACUCUUCCUAAAUAUCGGGGAUUGUUGGGAACUGUUGGUACCAUAGCAAGGGAAGAAGGGCUUCGUUCUCUUUGGAAAGGUGUUGUACCAGGAUUGCAUCGUCAAUGCUUGUUUGGAGGUCUAAGGAUUGGAAUGUAUGAGCCGGUCAAGAACUUGUACGUUGGAAAAGACCAUGUAGGUGAUGUUCCGUUGACUAAGAAAAUCCUUGCUGGUUUGACUACAGGUGCCCUGGGUAUUAUGGUAGCGAAUCCAACUGAUCUUGUGAAAGUUAGACUUCAGGCUGAAGGAAAACUAGCUGCAGGUGUGCCAAAACGGUAUACUGGAUCACUGAAUGCGUAUUCAACAAUUGUGAGACAGGAAGGAGUCCGAGCUCUUUGGACUGGUCUUGGACCUAACGUAGCCAGAAACGCAAUCAUCAAUGCUGCUGAGUUAGCGAGUUACGAUCAAGUGAAACAGACAAUCUUGAAGAUUCCGGGGUUCACUGACAACGUUGUCACACACAUUCUAUCUGGACUGGGAGCAGGAUUCUUUGCUGUCUGCAUCGGUUCCCCUGUUGACGUGGUGAAGUCAAGAAUGAUGGGAGAUUCUGCUUACAAAAACACUAUUGACUGCUUCGUCAAAACACUGAAGAACGACGGUCCUAUGGCAUUUUACAAAGGUUUCAUCCCCAACUUUGGACGCCUUGGCUCAUGGAACGUCAUCAUGUUUUUGACCCUUGAACAGGCAAAGAAGUAUGUCCGGGAACUAGAAUCGUCCAAGAAAUAAUGAGGCGCAACGUUUUAAGCAGAGUGAAUAAGAGCAACAUUGUUUUCUUUUUAAUUUCGGCUAUCAUUAGAAGCGAGAACUUCGUUGAAUAUUUUUUCCCGGAAUAGAGUCAGUUUUUAAGUGAAACUGUGAAAACAAAUUCUGUGGGUUUGCUCAUAUAUUGGCUGUACCAUUAAAACAUUUAUCCAAAUAAACAUACAUUUUCGU